GGCGGGCGCGGCGUCCUGCGGGGCGAGGACCUGCGGGGCGAGGAGGCGGCUCCGGGCCUUGAAGGUCACUGGGUUUGCGCGCGGGCCCCCCAGUUCUCCAGGGCGCAGCUGAUCCCGGGAGAGGGAGGCGGCGGCCGGGAUGCCCAUAGAAUGCCCAGGGGCGACAAACUGUCCUGAGCCCCUCUGGUGCAGCCACCUGCCUGUCCCAUACGCCCCGCCCACCAUGGAGUCCAGAGGGAAGUCAGCCAGCAGCCCCAAGCCCGACACCAAGGUGCCCCAGGCCACCACCGAGGCCAAGGUACCCCCGGCAGCGGAUGGGAAAGCCCCCUUGACCAAGCCCUCGAAGAAGGAGGCCCCGGCCGAGAAGCAGCAGCCGCCAGCAGCCCCCACCACGGCACCUGCCAAGAAGACCUCGGCCAAGGCCGACCCUGCCCUUCUCAACAACCACAGCAACCUGAAGCCGGCCCCCACGGCCCCCACGGUCCCCAGCAGUCCCGAUGCAACCCCGGAGCCCAAGGGUCCUGGGGACGGGGCGGAGGAAGAUGAGGCUGCCAGUGGGGGUCCUGGGGGCCGAGGUCCCUGGUCCUGUGAGAACUUCAACCCCCUGCUGGUGGCUGGGGGUGUGGCCGUGGCAGCCAUAGCCCUGAUUCUCGGUGUGGCCUUCCUGGUCCGGAAAAAAUAAUACCUGGGGGCCAGGCGGGGGGCACGGAGCCACUUCCUGUACAGACCUGAGGAAGCCAGUGCAUGCAGAGUUCACCCUUACCUACGCGUACACACGCACAUUCAUUACACACCUACAUAUGCCCCCAACACACGCGCACAGUGAAGAGGACGCCCGAGCCCACCCCUGCUGACCCAGGACUUCCCCAACCUCCAGGGCAGAAAGAGCCCAGGCUCCAGGGUCCACAGCACAGGAUGUGGGGAGAGGGCACAGCUGGGGAACGGCAAGAAAGGAAUGGACCCUGUGUGUGGCCCCCCCACCCCUGGCGGCUGGGUGAUCCUGGGCCCCCAGGGCUGGUCUCUGAGUGCAGGUGGGGGUGCCGGCAUGGGUUGGGCCUGGGCCCGGCCCUCGUGGAGACAUUAAAGGGCGCGGUGGCUCCACUCGCCCCAUUUCUGCUCUUUGCAUACCCCCCGGGAGUCUGCCUGGGCCAAUGCAGUGGGAUGGACCUGGGGUGGGCACUCACCUCAGCAGAGCCUCAAUGCCACCUCCCCACACCACCCAAGCCUAGCUGGGUGGGAAGACGGAGCCCUGAAGCCUGCGUGUGGAGGGGAGCUGCCCAAGGGUCGCCUUCCCCAGCUUGUGCUCCAGGGGAGCCCCGACGCCGGCGGGGAGGCAGGGAUGUCGAGGGCCCCUCACAGCUGUGCCCGCCCUGCCCCGCUAGACUGCCCCUCCAGCUUGCACCCGGCACCACCUGAGUCUAACCAGCGUAUAAUGCAAUAACAGGUAGAGUAGAACUGCUUUUGGCGGCGACCGUCACACACUGUCCUCAGCCCACUGCACCUGGGGAGGCCCCUCGUGCAGCCCCUCCUUAGCACAUCCAGUCCCAGCGUGGCCCUUGGCGCGCAGCAGCAGGCGAACUCCCAGAAAGUGGUGGUGGGCACUGUGAGAACGUGGCCUGCCCUCACUGGCCAGUGGCCACAGGAACCCCGGGCCUGAGUGGAGGCUGAGUCUGAAAUAAACUCUGUCGUCUAAAGGC